CUACAAAUCUACGCCUACAAAUAAACAAAACCAGCUCCCGUCCAAUUUGGAUUUCAUUUUUCAAAGAAAACUUGAAUUUCAAUAUUUAAAACAGAUAUCAGGUCAAAUAAGAAGUAAUCUAAAAAAAAAAAAAAAAAAGCUCUUUUAACGACAUAAACCUAAAGUACUGAACCGCUCGCUUACUAAAUUUGUUAGGAUAAUUUAUUAAGAUAUUAAUUAAUUUUACCUGUAAAAAUGAACUCUGCAAGGGCCUUACAUUUUGUUUUUAAAAUAGGUGACAGAAAAGAGACUAUUAAGUUUUAUACGAAAGUUCUCGGAAUGAAAGUUUUGCGUCAUGAAGAAUUUGAGGAAGGCUGUAAAGCAACCUGCAAUGGGCCAUAUGAUGGAAAAUGGAGCAAAACUAUGAUUGGAUAUGGCCCUGAAGAUAAUCAUUUUGUUAUAGAACUAACUUACAAUUAUGGAGUCAAAUCAUAUAAGCUAGGAAAUGAUUUCUGUGGAAUAACAAUAAAUUCAAAAGAUAUAUUGGCCAAUGCCAAGAAUCUAAGCUGGAAAAUAAGUCAAGGAAAUGAGUUAAACUAUGUUGAAGCACCUGGAGGCUAUAAAUUUUUUGUUGAUGACAAACCUUCUUCUAAAUCAGACCCUGUCCAAAAGGUUACUUUAUCCUGUUCUAAUCUUAAAUGUUCUGUUGAAUAUUGGAAUGGCUUGCUAGGCAUGAAAAUUUUCAACCAGGAAGAUAAGACAGUAUUAAUGGGUUAUUCUUCUGAACAAUGCAAACUUGAACUUGUAGAAAUAAAUGAACCUGUCAGCCAUGAACAAGCUUUUGGUAGAAUUGCUUUCGCUUGUCCAACUAAUGAGUUAUCUAAAAUACAAGAAACAAUACAAAAGGCAGGACAUAAAAUUAUAACUCCUUUAGUAAGCUUGGAUACUCCUGGAAAAGCUACAGUUUCUGUUGUGAUUUUGGCUGACCCUGAUGGACAUGAAAUUUGUUUCGUGGGUGAUGAGGCUUUCCGAGAAUUGUCUAAGGUUGACCCCCAAGGAGAGAACUUACUUAAUGAA